AUGCAUUUCCACCUCACGACUACUGCCGUUGUGGCCAUCUUGAGUGCUUUGGCCUCAGCUGCACCUACCCCUGACCGCAGGGGAGUUGACCAUCUCCACAAGCGUGAUGAGGAGCCAGUGGAUGUUAUGGUCAAUACCCAGUACAAGCGUGAUGAGGAUGAGGAGCCAGUGGAUGUCAUGGUCAACACCCAGUACAAGCGUGAUGAGGAGCCAGUGGAUGUCAUGGUCAAUACCCAGUACAAGCGUGAUGAGGAUGAGGAGCCAGUGGAUGUCAUGGUCAAUACCCAGUACAAGCGUGAGGAUGAGGAGCCAGUGGAUGUCAUGGUCAACUCCCAGUACAAGCGUGAUGAGGAGGAAGUGGAUGUCAUGGUCAACUCCCAGUACAAGCGUGAUGAGGAGGAAGUGGAUGUGAUGGUCAACUCCCAGUACAAGCGUGAUGAGGAGGAAGUGGAUGUGAUGGUCAACUCCCAGUACAAGCGUGAUGCUCAGGAGGAAGUGGACGCGCUGAUCAAUCUUUUCUACUAG